UAGUGCAUGGACUGUUGGCGAGUCUGGUCGAGUUGACAGAAUAAUUAUAAUAAAUAAUUAGAAUACAUAUAUUUACUGCCAUUACUUGACAUGUGCGCUGCGUUUACGGUAAAAGCUUUUACAAAAGCUUAAGAGAAACGCUUUACGCCGACUGCUCUCAGAACUUGCUGCUCUUUAAUUUUAUGCGAUAACAAAUUACAAAAGUUGUUUAUUUCUAGCGCAACAUAGUAUUUUAUCAACACUUAUUUCAUAGUCAACGCUCGCGUGGCAAUCUAUCAACAUGGUUAAUCUAACGCUAUAUGGCUUGGAUCCCAGUCCACCAGUGCGUGCUGUGAAGUUAACGCUGGCCGCUUUGCAGAUUGCUUAUAAAUAUGUAAAUGUGAAUGUGUUGAAGAGAGAACAAUUGUCGGCUGCAUAUCUGGCGAAGAAUCCGCAGGGCACAGUGCCCAUGCUGGAGGAUGGUGCUGUGUGCUUUUGGGACUCGCAUGCGAUAAUGGCGUAUCUGGUGCGCAAAUAUGCAAAGGAUGAUGCACUGUAUCCCAAGGACUUUUAUAGGCGUGCAGUUGUCGAUCAGCGCUUACACUUUGAGUCUGGUGUGGUGUUUGCCAAUGCUUUAAUUAGCGUUACUAAGCUGGUGCUCUUCAAGGGAGUGACAGCAGUGCCCAAGGAACGCAUUGAAGCUAUUGUUGAGGCUUAUGACUUUACGGAAGCUUUUCUCAAGAACAAUAACUAUAUAGCCGGCGAUCAGCUGACUAUUGCAGACUUUAGUCUUAUCUCAUCCAUAAGCUCAAUGCUGGCCUAUGUGGAAAUUGAUGCUGUUAAAUAUCCUAGAAUUACAGCUUGGAUGCAACGCAUGCAACAGCUGCCAUAUUAUGAGGAAAAUGCAAAGGGGGCUCGACUUUUUGUAGCCUCAGUUAAGAAAGCAAAUUUCACAGUCUUGCCAUGAGAUUAACACAAGUUUGUUGAUUAACUAGUUUAGUUGCUAAAAAUAGAUGCCGCUUCUAAUCAAAUGCACAUAAAUUGGCCUUUGCUUUCAACUCUACAGUCUUAUCUUAAAACAUUGUGAAAUACUUAAAGCUGUUAGAAUCUAUUUAAAGCGUAUCAAUACACUGAAAAGCAUAUAAAGCAUAAAUUUAGAAUAAAAAUGCACUACACUAUUAAUAAAUGCUGUUAAUUAUUAUGACAGUUCAAAGCAUAGACAUCAAGUGUAUAAAAUGUGCGGUCAUUGCGCCUCUUUACGUGUCGUCUAUAUAUGUAUAUCGGUAAAAACAAAAAGCUAAAAACAAAACUGUAGUUGAUUUCACGUGCUACCAUUAUCUACACUUACCUUACACAUUAUGGACUCGUUAUCACAAGUAUAAACAACUCGAUGAACUAGAUAAGCAUAAUCAUAAGGCAAACACACGAGUUUGUUGGAAAAUCAUAAAAAGGUUUUCUAGGAAAUGAUUUACAGUAUCUAAUGCUGCUAUUAUAUAAAUAUUUAUGUAACAAUUGUUUGAAUAAAUGUAGCUU